AUGACUAUGACAGGAAGACUGCAGACAGAGGCUAAAGCAAUCAAUCGCUUUAAACAGCUAUCUGAGACGGCUGAUAGACCAAAUGGAUCGGCUAUUUUCGUACGGACUGAUGUAUAUGAAGGACAGAUUCACGGGUGGUUGGAAAUGCCGUCUUUUGCUAUUGAUGCCAAUACUCGAACGAAAGCGUUUAGCGAUGCUAUUGCGUUUCUAAAGGAUGUUCAUCAGGCAUACGGUUUUAUGGUCAAAUGA